AUGAGGCGUCUUGUGUGUGGUCCCGUGGCGUUCUGCAUGUCUGUUCACUCUUGGAGCUCACUCGGCUGUGGAGCAGUGGAGCUCCCCAUCGCCUCUCGCGAAACGCAGGCCAUGUGCGAAGCGGCGUCUUGCACGUCUCGUGUCAGUUUCGCGACACGGUCGCCGCUGCUUCUCCAGUCAUGGGCGCAGCGGGCGAAUCGGGUCUGGAUGUGCGUCAAGGAAGAGUGCCGUCACGUGAACAACCCCCACACCACCGAAUGUGAGGCGUGUGGGGCCGCCAAACCGAGCCUCAAGGGGUGGCUGUGUGUGGAGUGCGGGACACGCAACCACAAGGGGGUAAAGAAGUGCCACAAGUGCACCGCAGCCGCGGAGAAUAGUGGCGAAUUCUGGAUGUGUGCCGCGUGUGAACAGAACAAUCGCAUUGAUGACCUGGACGAUAACAGUCGCUGUGGAUUUUGCGGCUACGACAUGGCCCCCAUGACAAUGACCGAAGCAGAGGCACUCCGCAUUCAACAAGAGCGCUCGCAACGACUCCGUGAGGAGCAGGAGCAGUUUGACAGUAUCUCUGCAAAGGACGCGGAUGAACAGUUUGGUGACGAAACCGCUGGAGCCUCAGCGCUCCCAAAGGGCCUGCGACAGAUGCCGUCCGCUGCCGCCUCGCGAACCCCCCUCAAGGUACCUGAAGUGACGGCAUUCACGCCAUCUCCCGUGGCAACGGCGCAUUCACGCAUUUUGAAGAAACCGAGGCGAGCAGUCACGACGGGCAUUCCACCUGGACCACCAGGUUUUGACUGGAUGUGCCGUGACCCCAGUUGCGGGACUAUUAACGCCGGCGACGAGGAGAGUUGUUCCAAGUGCGGUAAACACAUCACCCCCGCCGAGUGGGAAUGCUGCCACUGCGGUGCAAUGAACCACUUGAGUCGCUCACGCUGCUUUAACUGCCACAUCAUCAUCCCUGUCUCGUGGGUGUGUUCCGGCUGUAAAACGUCGACAAGCAUCUAUGAUCGUGAUUGUCGUCAGUGUGGUGAGCCGCGCCCUGCCACUGAGCCGAAGGAUCCCCGCGACGUACAACUUCCAAUGCACGCAAGGGGUCCCGCAUUUGCGGGCGGUGGCAGAAGACAAAUGUCACGUGCUCGGGACUGGAACUGCGCUGAAUGCCACGGCCUGAACUUUGCAUCCCGAACAGCGUGCUAUCAAUGCGGUGCGCCCCGAAGUGCCGCUGAGGCGGAUUCAUUCGAUGGUGCGUCGUCAGCCUCAGCUUCGCCGAACGUGGCGGUCAGCCACAACAAUUGGUUCUGCCGUCACUGUCAGGCGAGUAACUUCCGCACCCGCACCAGCUGUUGGCAGUGCGGUCAGGCUUCUUCGGAGUCUGGCGCGACAUCGUGGUCCGACGACGACGCCACACCGCACUUUGAGAAGGAGGGCUUCCAGCAGGAGUCUGACGAGAGCGUUGCCGAGGGACAAGUCAACGUCUGGGGCAAGAAGAACGACGACUGGACAUGCGGGAAGUGCUUCUCGAAGAACUUCAAAAAUCGCCAGGAGUGCCACAAGUGCGGCGCGGCAAAAACUGUGGCGGUGGCGCCACGCCGUGCCUUUGUGCGUAAGCCCGUUAAGAUUUGA